UUGCGUGGAGACGCUUCAUUCCACAUCCGUUUGGCCUGAAGUAAUCACCUUCAAAUCAAUUCCACUGCACUUUUGAGCGCCCCGCUCUCCUGCUUCAGACAAGUUUGUUGGGCUGGUAUUUUCUAGUGUGGCUCAAUAUAUUCAUUGCUUUGCAGGUGCCGUGCAAUCGCUGGGAGUACGACAAGAGCAAGUCCAAGUCGUCCAUUGUCGCCGAGUGGGACCUUGUCUGCCAGCGGAAACGAUUGAAACAGGUGAUAUGGGUUUCCUACAUGAUAGGCGGCGCCGCCGCCGUGCCCACUCUUGGCCUCACAGCCGACGUUGUGGGAAGGCGGCCAGUGUUAAUAGGAGCCCUGAUAUUGCUUCUGCUAUCCGGUACGGGAGCCUGCCUUUCCAAAUCGUUGCCCGGGUUUACGGCUCUGCGGUUUGUGUCAGCGGCAUCUUCCGGCGCGCUCGACGUUACCUCCACGGUGCUGCUGUUCGAGUCCACGCCAUCUGGCCCGCGAGCGGCUUUCGUGGCGGCCUCCGUGAGCCUGGCCACGGCCAUUUCCCCCCUGGUCGCCAUUGCCUUGAGGGAGAUGUCCUCGACCUGGCGCAUGCUGCACGCCCUGCUACUGGUACCGGUGCUAUUGCUGACGUUCCUGAUGUGCGCCAUCGAAGAGUCGCCCCACUGGUGCCUAUACAACAACAAGUUCGACGAUGCCGAGCGCGUCAUCUUGUGGGCGGCUCGUCUCAACCUCGAGGACCCGGACCUUGUGCGUGACCGACUCGACCGGAUCCGCAAGGCCGUCGAGUCGCGCGGAGGCGGGAUGUUCCGAUCCGCGAGGCUUCUACGCUGCAUCACGUCGGUGCACGUGCGCUCCCGGUGCUUCGCCCUGUUCGGAUGUUGGUUCUUUGUGUACAUUGCCUACUACGCGCGAGACUACGAGAACCUGCCUCCCUGGGGCCCCGACUCGCACGCCCAGCUUCAAGCGGCCGUGUGGUUCGUGGUGACCGGCAACUUCCCGGCCAUGGCUGUCGCCUACGGCGUGAUGCGGCGGCAUGGCGGCUUGCGUUCCUUAGUUCCCCUGCUGGCCGCCUGCUCCAUGAUGUCGGCGCUUCAGUCGGCCCUGGUCGCCGUGGGUGGCCGCUUGUCGCUGCUUCUGGUCUACUGCAGCUCCGUGAUCAUUCUCAACGUCGCCUACGUCGCUCUAGUGGUGCACACUGUCGACGCGUUCCCUACUCCGGUGCGAAGCCUGGGCUACUCCGGUGCGUUCAUGUCUGGCCGUAUCGGAGCCAUGAUGGGUGCGCUGUUCCGGGAGUUCGAGUCUAUGCCGUUGCCCACAAGCUUGAUACCCACGGCUGUGACGUCACUGGGUCUGCUCGCUUUCGCGGUGUCUGCUGUGCUCUCGCCGCCUACUCCGAAGGAGUUGAUCGCGGACGAAGGGUCAGCGGCUGCUUGGGACAAUUCGGGCGAGGCGAUCUUGUCAGAGGGCAGCCCGAUGUCCUGGAGGGUGCACAAGAGGCAGUCUCCUACGGCGUCGGUGCAUUCAGAGUAUAAAUGAAUGCCUUAGUAUUAGUGUUGCGCUUGUCUGGGUCCCUCCACGAAACUUUCUUGAUGACGUGUGUUGGCCUCAAGUUAUUGACUGGUUUGCCGUCAUGACCCCGACAACAGACAAUAACCGUGAUCUUUUAUGUUACCCUGCGCUUUUGUGCCAAAGCGCAGUUUUGUGUGCUUGACGUGGCUCACUCAUUGCUAGAGGCCAUCAAACACGUGUCGGUGUUAGUUUGCCACGUUUUUGUGAUUAUUUAGUGUAUCGACGUUUAGAUAGAAGUUGCGAAUUGUCCGUGUUGGAAAAGACACCUAGGUGUGUUUAUGGAUAAGACUUCGUGCCGUGAAGUUUUUUUGCUCGUGCUUCUGUAUCAGGCACGCGCAGUGUAGUGUGCAAAAUGUGAUACACCAGGGCGCGCUGUUUGACACAGAACUGAUGCUCCCAGAGCACUCAUACGUGUUGCAGCUUUGUUGCAGGCGAUUUGUGAGGUCUACUGCGUCACCGUUCCACAACUGAGAACAUCCUUAAAAUGCAGCUACCUUCGCAGAGAGACCAAAGCAGUGCUGCGUUGUGGGAAUGCCAAUGGAGACUUUGCACAGCGACAACUUCGAAUAAACAGUGCCAAGAAUGUAGGUUACUCGGGUAACCUGGCUUUUGUGCAAACUUUCGCUGA